AUGUCAAGCUCUAGCAAAACACAUCGAAUAUCCUCAAUUCGACCGAUCAUACAAAUGCUCGCGAAUGUAUUAAACCGUUCAACUCCAGAACAGCCUGAAAAUAACGUCUCAGCCACUACCCCUGAUCACGCGGAGAACAGCAGUUCAAAAGCAAACACAAAGAGUGUCAAACAACCGUUCGAUUAUUACAUAUGCUUUGACGUGGAAGCCACCUGUGAAGAAGGUCGAGAUUUCGGUUAUGCGAACGAAAUAAUAGAAUUUCCUGCAAUUCUAAUCGAUAGCAAGACUUUUGAUAUCGUCGACAUUUUUCAUUCUUAUGUCAAGCCAAGCGUAAAUCCGAAACUAUCAGACUUUUGCAUAUCGCUCACAGGAAUAUCACAAGCAGUAGUCGACGGGAGUCCGUCUUUCCUGGAAAUUUUGACAAGCUUCCAACAGUUUCUGCAGCGUCAUAAGCUUUUCUCUGAUAAUAAAUGCGCUUUCAUAACGGAUGGUCCUUGGGAUAUUCGAGACUUCAUUCACAAACAAUGCAGGUCAUCAAAUAUAGAGCGACCAAAAUAUUUUACUUAUCCGUGGGUUGACAUUCGUGCUCUUUUUGCAGAGUUCUAUAAUUGCGAUAGAUGUAAUAUACCUACCAUGCUUAGUCGUUACGAGUUGACAUUCGAAGGACGCCAACAUUCCGGAUUGGAUGACGCAAAGAACAUUGCCAUCAUAGCAAAGCGCAUGUGGAUGGACGGUGCUUUGUUUAGAGCAAAUAACAUGGUGAUAAUGAAGUUUGGGAAAAGGGCGCGUCGAAACGAUAGCUUUACAUAUGUCAGGAAGUGA